AUGGCCUCCAACAUUGCAUUCGACAUUGCGCUCUUCUUCUGGCGAAUCAUCAUCAGCCUCUUCUUCCGUGAGAUCCGUCCCCGUUCAGCAUGGAGAGUGCCACGCCAAGGCCCCGUCAUCUUUGUUGCCGCACCACAUCACAACCAGUUCCUUGACCCACUCUUGCUCGCCUCCGAGGUGCGUCGUGCUUCGGGACGUAGGGUCGCUUUCUUGAUCGCAGAGAAGAGCAUCAAGCGUCGCUUUAUCGGUGCAGCUGCUCGUAUCAUGCAGUCCAUUCCCGUCGCGAGAGCUGCCGACAGCGCAAAGGCAGGCAGAGGCUUCAUAUCGCUUCAUCCAUCUGGCGAUCCUCUUCGUUUGCAAGGACACGGCACAGCAUUCAAGUCUCAACUUCAGCCUAAGGGUCAGAUCAUGCUGCCCAAAGCCUGUGGUCAUGCUACCGUCGAGGUGGUGCAAGUCAUCAGUGAUACCGAAGUCAAGCUUAAGAAGGAGAUCAAGGACCAACGUGCUCUCGACAUGCUGCGAGGCAAAGUCCCGCAACCCGACACUUCAAAAUCAGCCAAGAGUAACGCUAAGGCGAUGGACAAGGUGACUCACGAUCUUUCCGAAGACAAGGGCUGCAAGUACUCCUGUCUUCCGUUUGUCGAUCAGACCCAGAUGUACGCCAAAGUGUACGAGAAGCUCGCCGAAGGAGGCUGUCUCGGUAUCUUUCCCGAAGGAGGCAGUCACGAUCGUACCGAUCUUCUCCCGCUCAAAGCCGGUGUCGUCAUCAUGGCUCUCGGCGCCAUGUCCGCAAACAAGGACCUCAACGUUCGUAUCGUGCCCGUUGGUCUCUCGUACUUCCACCCACACAAGUUCCGCAGUCGUGCUGUAGUCGAGUUUGGCUCCCCGAUCGAUGUUCCUCGUGAACUGGUCGGUCUCUUCGACCAAGGUGGAGAAGGUAAGCGCAAGGCUGUAGGAGAGAUGAUGGAUAUCGUCUACGAUGGUCUCAAGGGUGUCACGCUUCGUGCGCCCGAUUACGAAACUCUGAUGGUCAUCCAGGCUGGUCGCCGACUGUACCGAGCUCCAGGUCAGUCGCUCAGCUUAGGGCAAACGGUCGAGCUGAACCGCAAGUUCAUCAUGGGCUACCUCCAGUUCAAGGACGAGCCGCGAGUCGUCAAAUUACGCGACGAAAUCCUUCGAUAUAACAAGAAACUUCGUUAUGCAGGUCUGCGUGAUCACCAGGUUGAACGGGCGACAAGGGCAGGAUGGCGCAGUCUCGGCCUUUUGGCCUACCGUCUCGGGUUGCUCGGUCUCUGGGGUGGCUUGGCGCUUCCAGGUGCCAUUCUCAACUCACCCAUCAUCGUGCUGGCCAAGAUCAUCAGUCACAAGAAGGCCAAAGAGGCUUUGGCAGCAUCACAGGUCAAGGUGGCUGGACGCGAUGUGUUGGCGACCUGGAAAGUGUUGGUCUCGCUUGGUGUUGCACCGAUUCUCUACUCGUUCUACGCAGGCCUCGCUACCUACAUCGCACACAAGGUCGACGUCUCGCCAGGCACACGUGCGCUCAUGCCACUAUACGCCCUCAUUGUGUUGCCGACCAUGUCGUACUCUGCGCUCAAGUUUGCUGAGGUCGGAAUUGACAUCUACAAGUCGCUGCCUCCCCUCUUCGUCUCGCUGAUUCCCGGCAACCACAAGGUGAUCCUCGAUUUGCAACAGACGCGAGCCAAGAUCAGCGCCGACAUGCACGCACUUAUCGACGAGCUCGCCCCGCAGGUAUGGGAGGACUUUUCCGAAAACCGAAUGCUGCCGAAUGCCACUGCGCCACCGCCGCCCGAGCGAGAGGCAUUGGUGUGGAAGCAGAAGGCAGCGACGAGUGGUGCAAGCAACGACGCACUCAGCCACCCUCUUCAAUGGAUGGACGAACGACUGUUUGGCUGGGGUCGUCGACGUCGCUCUUCGACACGUCGUUCGAUGACGGCGGAGGAUAUCAAGACUCUGCGUAGUGCCAGUGCUGCACGCGAAGCCGCUGGUGGCGACAGCAUUGCAAUUGACGAAGAGGAGGAGAAGUGCGAGGACGAGGAGGGAGAAGGGUCAUGGGACGAUGCUUCCGAGGGCUCAAGCUAUACGGAGAGUGGCGAGGAGGACGAGGGCGACUACGAAGCUGUGUUCUCGAUGCUCAACCCACAGACCUUGAUGAAUGGGCUGCGUGGUGGUGGACGAAGCCCAGGCACACCUGGAUCGUCGGGUCGACGCAGCCGCACGCACUCUCGUUCACGCAGUGGAAGCCGUGGCAGUCUCGGUGGUAGCGGUGAAACGUUCGCUGAGAAGCGCAAUAGGAGCAACCAAGAUCUGCGAGCACUCAUGAGGGAAGGUGGCGCCAUGUCGCCUACCACUACGCGCUCGGGCAGUAUCCUGGAUGGUGCUGGCAGCAGGACGUCGCAAUCGAACAGAAGCUCUGCACUGCCGGCCAGUCUCACGACUACCAGCAUCAACGGCAAUGGUGAGGGCAAGAGAUCAAGAGCGGACAGUGGAGCUACUUGGCGUAGAAACCGCACCCACUCGUUGUUGGAAGACGUGCACGUGGCGGAGCUCAAGAAUGCUGGGCCUGCAGCAAAGAAGUUGCCAUUCUCAGCGGCAUCGCAGGCAUUCGAAAUGCAGCACGAAGGCGGAGCCAAGCAAGCCGGGUUCUUGCCCAAAUUGGAGGAUAUGAAGAGCGCCGAGAACACGCCGCUAUCCACACCCAAGCCUGAAGCUCAAAGGACGCUGUCUUCGGCCACGCAAGCCACACGAAGGACGGUUAGCGCGGCUACCGAUCGUUCCAACAAGGAGGCUUAA